AUGCAGCCAGUAUACGACGCCGUCGUCGUAGGCGCCGGCCCCGGGGGCAUGGCCACCGUAGCAGCCCUGCUAGACGCGGGAGCUCAAAAGGUCCUCUGGGUUGAUCCCGCCUGGCAGGGAGGACGACUGAACAGCCUGUACCGGGAGAUAUCAUCAAACACGACCGUCGCAAUCUACCUGAAAGCGAUCAACUCCUCCACAACCCUGCGCUCCAUCAUCGACUCCACCCCGUCCCCCAACGCAGUCACCAAACUCGAAGCCAUGGACCACAACUCCACCUGCCAGCUCAGCGUCGCCGGCGACAUGAUCCACAUGCUAAUCGAGGGGUUGCUCGCUCGUCCAGAGGUCGAAAAACUGACAGCUCUAGUCGAGGAAGCGCAUCUAGACAAGAGUAUCUGGACCCUAACCACCACACCCGUCUCCCCAACCCCCAUCAAAUCCCACCGCACGAUCCUCAGCACCGGCUCCCACCCGCGCACCCCAACCACCCACCAAAACUACAACCCGAACCUCCACCAACUCGACCUAGACACCUGUAUGCGCCGCUCCCUCCUCCCCGAUCUCCUCCCACGCAACCGACCCUCCACCAUCGCCGUAAUCGGCAACUCCCACUCCGGCAUCCUCGUCGUGCGCAACCUCUACGAACUCGCGCAGGCCGGUGACCGCAGCGUCAAAAUCAUCAACUUCCACCGCCGGCCCAUCAAGUACGCCAUCUACACGGACGAGGGGAUUAUCUUCGAUAAUACGGGCCUGAAGGGCGCGACGGCUGAGUGGGCACGCGAGGUUCUGGAGAACUCCCCUGAUUCGGAGAUUGUGCAGUUUGUGGAUGAUGGGGAGGAUGAGAAUGCAGCGUUUGAGGAGUGGUUGCCGCGUUGUACGCAUGUCGUUUGGGCGGUGGGGUAUGAGCAGAACCGAAUCCCGAGGGUGUUUGUGGAGGGAAGGAGGGUGGCUGGGACGGUGCAGUUUGAUAUGCGGUCGUCGGGGUUUAGGGUCGACGGGCACGACGGGCUCGACGGAGCAGUGGUGAAAGGGUUGUAUGGCGUGGGGAUUGCGUUUCCGGAGGAGGUCGAGGAUCCGGAGGGUCAUGUGGAGGCUGCGGUGGGCGUGGCCAAGUUUAUUGCGUUUACGCAGAGGGUGAAGGAGCGGUGGAUGGGGAGGGGUUGA